AUGGAUGUUCUUGCAGAGCUUGAGUCUAUGGCAAUCAACGUGGCCGAUGCUGACGACGAACCCAUCUCCGACGCCACUAUACAGCGAUGGGAAAUGCUCUUCGGUUUCACUCCCUCCGAAGCCUCAGCAGCGAUCGAAACACAUCGCCAGGAUUUCAGCCGAACCAGGGUUGGACAUGAGCUGUGGGAUGCCAUCAAAGUGGAGAAGGAAGCAAAAGGCCAUGAUCGAGAGUCGUAUGAGUAUUCCCUUCGAAAUCCACACGUCCCGAAGGGUGGCUCGCCCAGCGCGGCUGCUAGCGAGCGACAGGGCACGUUCAUCGUCCAGCUCGCCGGUCCUCUUAACAGUCCGGCAAGAGUUCAGGAGGCUGCGGCUCUUGACAGGGCUCCUGCGCUGGUCAAAGGUGUAGGCGAAAAUGGAGAAUCACAGUUUUGCGAGAUCGACACCGCAGCUAAGGCGAACCUACAGAAGUGGGUGUCAGAGCAUCACGCCGGGUUCCAGCCCACAAUAGUUCGUCUCUCCAAGGCCAAGAAGGAGCUGUGCAGGCAUAGCCUGGCGCCCAUGCUCGGCAAAGAGUGCGUGCUUCCACAGCACCGUGCUGACGAAGCCGAUUUCCGGCCAAGCCCAUCCGCAGACCAGUACCCAGUCUGGUAUUUCUUCUACGGCACGCUCGCGGACCCGGACGUCCUCUCUCGGCAUCUCGGACUGGAAAAAGGUGCCCAGUAUUUGGAGGCCGAGACUGUGGGAGGCCGGAUUCGUACUUGGGCAGGGAAGUAUAAGGCCUUGGUCGACGCACCAGGUGAAAUUGUCUCUGGAAGUGCGUUUAAGGUCGAGUCUCGUGAGCAGGAGGACACCCUACGAUUCUACGAGACUGACCAUUACGAAGUCGUGCGUUGCCAGAUCGCAACUCGACUUGGCGUGCUGGAUGGUCUCACUUUCCGUUUCGACGGUGAGGAGAAGGACCUGGAUUAA